CUCUGGGUCCACACACACCACCCCACUGCCCGCCGGCACAGCUGCCCGGAUACUGAGGAGCCAGGGGAUCUGCUCAGCCCAGGUGUCCACCGCGCCCAUGACCACCGCGACCCCACUCCGCCCGACCGCCACCCCCUACCCGUUCGGUGACUUCGGCGACAGCCACAACUGGACGGAGCUGCUGCAAUUCCUCAACCACAGCCUGGCCCUGUGCGAGCUGGACCUGAACGCCGAUGUCAAGAGGGUGGUCCUGUUCGUGCUCUACCUGGCCGUGUUCGUGGGUGGCCUGGUGGAGAACCUGCUGGUCCUGUGGGUGGGCUGGCACAGCCGGCGCCGCCCCCGGGGCCCGCUGCAGCUCUAUGUGUUGCACAUGGCGCUGGCAGACCUGGGCAUGGUUCUGGUGCUGCCCGUGUGGAUGCUCGAGGUCCUGCUCGACUACACCUGGCUGUGGGGCGGCUUCCUCUGCCGCUUCAGCCACUACUUCUAUUUCGCCAACAUGUUCGCCAGCGUCUUCUUCCUGAGCUGCCUGAGUGUCGAGCGCUGCCUCAGCCUGGUGCCGGGUGCCGCCCCCCGCAACCCCUCGCCCCGGGCCCGCCAGGCCGUCUGCGCUGCCAUCUGGCUGCUGGCGGCCGUGGCCCCGCUGCCCGAGGUCGUGCACAUGCACCUGCUGCCGACCAGUCAGCCCGUCUGCAUCUUCUUGGCUCCCUUCGAGAGCUACGACGACUGGGCCUUGGCGGUGACCCUGGGCACCGCCUGCCUAGGCUUCCUGCUGCCGUUGGCCAUCGUGGGCGCCUGCAACCUGCUCAGCGCCCGUUGGUUGUGGCGCUCGGAGCAGCCGGGCGCCCGGCCCCAGGCCCUGCUGCUGCUGGCCUACCUGGCCGUCUUCCUGCUGUGCUGGGCGCCCUACCACGGCACCCUACUGCUGCUCACCCUACACGGCGCCUACCUGGAGCUGCCCUGCUCCCUAGCUUACCUCCUCUACUUCUUCUAUGACAUCAUCGACGCCGUGUCCAUGCUGCACUGUGUCGCCAACCCCGUGCUCUACAACUUCCUCAGCCGCGGCUUCCGGCGCCGCUUCCUGGACGCCGUGGUGCUCUACGUGGCCAAGGCCAGGCCCAAGGCCGGAGCCCGGGCCACCGCCGCCUCCUCCUCCUCCAGCACCCAGCACUCCAUCAUCAUCGCCAAGGAGAUGGCUGCUCCAUCGGGCCCCGCUGCAGACCCGACCCCACCCCACAGGGCACCGACCCCGGCCCCGGCCGGUCUCAGCCUUGACCCCUUCCCAAUGGCCCUGAUCCCACCUUCCCCCGGCCCUGCCCCUGCCCCUCCUGGCCCCGUCCCUACCCCCGUCCACAGCCUCGACCCCUCCCUCGCCUGCUCAGCUGCAGCCCUGACCCCAUCCCCGGGCCUCAACCCCACCCCUGCCCUCGCCCCCUCUGUCCAGCCCUGACCUUGCCCCACCUGACCCCGACCCCGCCCCUCAGCCCCGAUCCCGUCCACCCCCUCGCCACGCUGCCCAUCUGCAGCCCUGGCCCUGACCGUGCCCCGACCCCACCAGCUGUGGCCCUGCCCCAGCCUCAGUCCUGACCCCGCCCUGCUGUAGCUCUGACCCGGCCCCCAACCGGUCUACCCAGUGGCUGCCAUGGCUCCUAAUAAUAAUAAUG